AUGGAACCGCUGGGAAUUGAGGAGGGAACCACUGCGGGUACACUCCAUAAGCCGGCCACUGUUGCUGUGAUACUGCAGCAGGCCACUGGGGGUGUUGAGACGGCCAUUGCGGAGGCCACCAGGGUUGUGGAGGUUGAGGCUGUGGAGUCGGAAUCGAAGGACCCGGAACCGAGCUGCCCCUCCUCUGGGGAAGAUCGGCAGGUGAUGGGCAAGCUCUUUGGGGUAUGUUUGUCCCCCUGGCACCCCACCCUGGGGAAGUUCAUCCACCAUUCCUGCACUGUUGUGCAGCCUAAGCCCUCCGAUUGCUCCCAGGAUCCGGAGCUGAAGCCCAAGGUAAAAAUGGAGAAGCCCGGUUUGGCAGGACCCAAAGCCGAUGAAGGGUUGGAGGUGGGAUUAAGGGAGCCUCACGUUGUCCAAGUUGGGACCAUCCGUGAGUUUCUGGCGGGGUCGGCGCCACCACAAAUCAAGCAGGAGCCUGAGGAGGGGCUGCAGCAGCGGUGGGAGACCCAGUGGCAGGAGUUCCUGAAGACGGUGGAGUCCCCUUACUCAGGAUGGAGGCACCUCAAGUUACCCGAGCCCAUGACAGAAGAGGAGACAAAGGAGUUUCAGGCCUCCCUCAAAGAAAUAGCUGGCGGCAGCCAGUGGCCCAGAGGAGAGUGGGUGACACAGACUGUGCCCGGCCUCAAGGGGGCUCAUAAGCCCAACGGAGGCCUGGACCCUCCCGUGAAGGUGAAGGAAGAGAUUGUGUGCGAGGUCGCCCUCACCUCAGAGAUGCGGCGCCAGCGCUUCCGUCACUUCUGCUACGAGGAGGCCGAGGGCCCCCGGAAAGUUUGCAAGCAGCUCUGGGAACUUGGCCAUCAAUGGCUGAGGCCGGAAAGGCGUACCAAGGACCAAAUCCUGGAAGUGCUGAUCCUGGAACAGUUCCUGACCAUCCUGCCAUGGGAGAUGCAGUGCUGGGUGAGGGAAAACGGACCUGAGACGUGUGCCCAGGCGGUGGCCCUGGCGGAGGAGUUCCUUCUGAGGCUGCGGGAGCCUGAGCGGUGGGAGAGGAAGGAGUCAGAGCUGUUGGAGGGCUCCUUCAUCACCACCCCCAAUUCAGAGCAGGAGCCGCCGGACGCUGUGAAGAUGCAGCUGUCCGUUGAGGCAAAGCCAGAGGAGGAUGGAGAGGUCGUCUAUUUCGAAGAAGCUGAAGAAUCGCAGGAGAACGAUGUGGAGACGUUUCAGCUGGGGAGGCCUGAGCAAGUGACGGUGUGUGAAAUAUCCCUGGAAGGGGCCAAAAGUGAAUUCUUCCAGGAGAUUGAGAUGCCUGGAAGCCCCCCGGGUCCUGGAAGUCAUUGGGAAAACCACCCAGAGAAGACUUCUGGAUUUCUGUGUGAGGAAGAUGACCUGGGCUUACAAGAAGGUACCUUCCAGGACGGAAUCCUCAAGUGCAAGAUCAAGAAGGAACAGACUGAUGACGAGAGCUUCGACCUGCUGCAGAGUCAGACUGCACAAAUGACUGUCAAACCCUACCAGUGCCUCUACUGCGGGAAGACUUCCAACUGCAAAGCGAACCUCGUUGUCCACGAGAGAACCCACACGGGGGAGAAACCUUACGCCUGCUUAGACUGCGGCAAGAGUUUCAAUCGGAAGUCAACACUCGUCCGGCACAAACGGAUGCACACGGGAGAGAAACCGUAUGAAUGUGCUGAGUGCGGGCGCUGCUUCAGCAUCCGGUGUAACCUCAUCAACCACGAGAGGAUCCACACGGGCGAAAAGCCGUACAGUUGCACUGACUGCGGGCAGAGCUUCAGUCGGAGGCUGCAGCUGGUGAUACACAGGAGGACCCACACAGGAGAGACCCCUUAUCGGUGCGCCCAGUGUGGGAAAUGCUUCACCCGCCGCUCUUCCCUCUUGACGCACGAGCGGAUCCACACGGGAGAGAAACCAAACACGUGCACGGAUUGCGGGAAGAGCUUCAUCCAGAAAGGCUACCUACUGAUACACCGGAGAAUUCAUACCGGCGAGAGACCAUAUAAAUGCACAGCGUGUGAGCAAAGGUUCCUAAACCGGAGCGAUCUCCGUAGACACGAGAAGAUCCACACGGUAGUGAAUCAGUGAGAAUUCCCCGAUGAGAGAAGAGGCUGUGGUAUAGAGCAGGGAGCUGCCUUAUCCUGAGUGAAACCACUUAAUCCAAGCACUGGGCAGGAGGUCUUUCCCAGCACUUAAAGAC